CGACGGGAAGCCCUGGAAAACUGGGGAGGCAGAGUCCUCCCGGCUGGCUGGAGGCAUGUGGAGGGGGGGCCUGGGGCGCAGGGAGAGGCCCAGCAGAAACCGAGCCACCAGGCCCCCCAGCGUUCACUUGGAGCAUGAACAUUGAGGAUGGCGCGUGCCCUCGGCUCCCCGUGCCCCCCGCUGCCGCCUGGUAGGAUGUCCUGGCCCCAUGGGGCACUGCUCUUCCUCUGGCUCUUCUCCCCACCCCUGGGGGCUGGUGGGGGCGGCGUGGCUGUGACAUCGGCUGCUGGAGGGGGCUCCCCACCAGCCACCUCCUGCCCCGCGGCCUGCUCCUGCAGCAACCAGGCCAGCCGGGUGAUCUGUACGCGAAGAGAGCUGGCCGAGGUCCCAGCCAGCAUCCCUGUCAACACGCGGUACCUGAACCUGCAGGAGAAUGGCAUCCAGGUGAUCCGCACGGACACAUUCAAGCACCUGCGGCAUCUGGAGAUCCUGCAGCUGAGCAAGAACCUGGUGCGCAAGAUCGAGGUGGGCGCCUUCAAUGGGCUGCCCAGCCUCAACACACUGGAGCUGUUUGACAACCGGCUGACGACGGUGCCCACGCAGGCCUUUGAGUACCUGUCCAAGCUGCGGGAGCUCUGGCUGCGCAACAACCCCAUCGAGAGCAUCCCCUCGUACGCCUUCAACCGUGUGCCCUCCCUGCGGCGCCUCGACCUGGGUGAGCUCAAGCGGCUGGAAUACAUCUCAGAAGCGGCCUUCGAGGGGCUGGUCAACCUGCGCUACCUCAACCUGGGCAUGUGCAACCUCAAGGACAUCCCCAACCUGACAGCCCUGGUGCGCCUGGAGGAGCUGGAGCUGUCGGGCAACCGGCUGGACCUGAUCCGCCCAGGCUCCUUCCAGGGCCUCACCAGCCUGCGCAAGCUGUGGUUGAUGCAUGCCCAGGUGGCCACCAUCGAGCGCAACGCCUUCGACGACCUCAAGUCGCUGGAGGAGCUCAACCUGUCCCACAACAACCUGAUGUCGCUGCCCCACGACCUCUUCACGCCCCUGCACCGCCUCGAGCGUGUCCACCUCAACCAUAACCCUUGGCACUGCAACUGUGAUGUGCUCUGGCUAAGCUGGUGGCUCAAGGAGACGGUGCCCAGCAAUACGACAUGCUGUGCCCGCUGCCAUGCACCCGCCGGCCUCAAGGGCCGCUACAUUGGUGAGCUGGACCAGUCACACUUUACCUGCUAUGCGCCUGUCAUUGUGGAGCCACCCACGGACCUCAACGUUACCGAGGGCAUGGCCGCCGAGCUCAAGUGCCGCACGGGCACCUCCAUGACCUCCGUCAACUGGCUGACGCCCAAUGGCACCCUCAUGACCCAUGGUUCCUACCGCGUGCGCAUCUCUGUCCUUCACGACGGCACGCUCAACUUCACCAAUGUCACCGUGCAGGACACGGGCCAGUAUACAUGCAUGGUGACGAACUCAGCUGGCAACACCACUGCCUCGGCCACACUCAAUGUCUCGGCCGUGGACCCCAUGGCAGCUGGGGGUGCCAGCGGCGGUGGGGGUGGCCCCGGGGGCAGUGCUGGUGGAGGGGGCAGUGGCGGCUACACCUAUUUCACCACAGUGACUGUGGAGACCCUGGAGACCCAGCCUGGAGAGGAGACGCUGCAGCCACGGGGGACGGAGAAGGAGCCACCAGGGCCCACCACGGACGGUGUCUGGGGUGGGGGCCGGCCUGGGGACGCAGCUGGCCCGGCCUCGUCAUCCACCACAGCGCCUGCGCCGCGCUCCUCACGGCCCACAGAGAAGGCAUUCACAGUGCCCAUCACGGACGUGACAGAGAACGCCCUCAAGGAUCUGGACGACGUCAUGAAGACCACCAAGAUCAUCAUUGGCUGCUUCGUGGCCAUCACCUUCAUGGCUGCCGUGAUGCUCGUGGCCUUCUACAAGCUGCGUAAGCAGCACCAGCUCCACAAGCACCACGGGCCCACACGCACGGUGGAGAUCAUCAACGUGGAGGACGAGCUGCCCGCUGCCUCCGCGGUGUCCGUGGCCGCUGCCGCCGCUGUGGCCAGCGGAGGGGGUGUCGGUGGGGACAGCCACCUGGCCUUGCCCGCUCUGGAACGCGACCACCUCAACCACCACCACUACGUGGCGGCUGCCUUCAAGGCACAUUACAGCAGCAACCCCAGCGGCGGGGGCUGCGGGGGCAAGGGCCCACCCGGCCUCAACUCCAUCCAUGAACCUCUGCUCUUCAAAAGCGGUUCCAAGGAGAACGUGCAAGAGACACAGAUCUGAAGGCAAGGGGCGGGGGGCUGCAGCUGCUGAGGGACUCGGAGACCUGCCACGCCCCAUGCUAGAGCCAGGCGCCGGCCAGACUUGGGACUCCUUCCCACAACUCCAGCUCAUCUCUGGGACCACACAGGGAAGGUGGGAAAGGAUGGCUUCCAGCCCCAUCUAGGUCUCGGACCCCCAGUGAGGAAAGGGUGGGGCUCCAAGAACAAAGUCCCCGUGGUUCCAGCCUUGCCCCACCCAUCCCUGGUGAUGGGAGGGGACACAGGGCUCAGGAGAAGUGGCCCAAACCCUCCUCUUUUCCUUCUCACUCUCCUGACCGACUGUUCCCGCCCACCGCCUUCCAGGGGAGAUAGGAGGUUUUUGAGGGGUAACCUUUCCCCUCACCCCCAACCACCCUCCUUUUAUGGAUCAUUUUUUGAAGUUUGACGCCUGCCCCUCUUUCCCACUCCUACACCCUUGAAACUGAAGAGACAGACGUGUCGCCAGAGCUUUCCUGACACCCUGGCCCCGUCCCCAGCGCUGAGCCCCACUCCCGGCCCCUGGCCCCCAUCGGCUGGGGUGGGGGCAGCCUCGACCCGCCCCCCCAGCCCUCACACGCCCCACAGACUCACAGACUCUUUUGAUACUGAAGGGAGGUUUGCGUCAACGACUACCUGCUCUGUAAUUACUUUAAAAAAAAACAUGGAAAAAGUAAAAAAAUA